AUGAAUGAGAGUGUUGCGCUAAAAGUUUUGAAAGGAACCCCACCUUAUAAAUUGGCACACAGGUUGAUGUGGCUGCUUGUGUCUGCGGCGGGUUUGGCCUCUUUGGGUGCUUUAGGACAAAAAGCCUCCACACUGCUCCUCCUCGCAGAUAUUUGCAUGCAACGACUCGACCCGGGUCGUCUCGUUUCUUCUUCCUCUUCGUCCUCGUUUCUCGCUUUGCGCGGUGCUCACACCACCCGUGCCCAGUCAGCUGCGAGCGGCAUGGCAUCGUCCGGGGGAGAGCGGUCUUCUUCUCCCUCUUUUUCUCCCUCCUUUUCCCCCUCCUUUUCCCCUUCUCUGUCUUCCUCCUCUCUUGUUUCCCCCUCUUUCGCGUCUUCCUCGUUUUCCCUUUCCGUGGAGAACCCGCACACGGGAUCCCUUGCACAGGUCGGCGUGGCGGGGUCUUCAGGUCCGCCGCCUCCCCCGCCGGCGCUUCCAGGAGAGGAGCCUUCCCACCCCACAGGAGAGACGCGAGACGCGAGAGAAGAGAGAGACUGCCCGCGCGACAGAGAGGAAGGACGGGGACCAGCUGUGCCUGCAGCCGCCGCCCUGUCUGCGCAUGCGCCUCUGCACGCGGUCGAUCGCGCGUUCCUACGCGUGCCUCUGGAGUGUGCCCAGAGAGCCGUGAAAGCAAAUUCACGCAGUCUGUACAGAGACGUCGGCGUCGUUCUCGCCUACGUGCUCAAGGGGAAAAUGGCGGCGCAACUUGCCGAAUGCUCGACCGUCGAAGACAAAAUCAACAAACUCGACCUCGUCAUUGAAAAAGUCAAGAAAAUUCGAGACAAGCCGGAUUUCUCCUUCGCGACGUACGGCGACCGCGUCGCGUGGGUCGUCCACGAGUACCUCGCUCGCUCGGGCCUGCCUCUCACUGCGGAGUCGCUGAAGCAGAAACUGGAUCUCGAGCCUUUCACAGAUGCAGAAGUUUAUCAGGAGAUUCUCGACGUGCUCGGCGGAUUGCUGCGAGAGUCCACCGAGGAGGCGCGGCAGUGGGUGAAUGAGCACCGCGGGAAACUGAAGAAGAUCGGGUCGCUAUUUGAAUCGGAGCUCCACGUCCAGCACGUGCUUGAACUGCUGAAGAAGAAAGACGCCAAAACCGCCGUCGCCUACCUCAAAGCGAACGUUGGUCCCGACGACUUUGCUCGCUGCGUGGACAUCCGCAAGGUGGUGACGCUGACGGCGUUGCUCGAGGACCCCCCCCCUCAGUACGCGGCUCUCUUCGGCAUCGAACGCUGGCACAGGCUGUCUUGCCUCUUCCUCCACACUAGUGCGCAGGUCUACGGGUUCUCGGUAAAACCCACGCUCGUCGCCCUCCUGCAGGCCGGCUUCUCUGCUCUCAAGUCAUCCGUCUGCGAGGAACAGAAAUCUGCGAGCUGUCCGACGUGCCUGCCGGAGUGGGCAGACUACGUGCGCAAGGUCCCCGCGCCGCACCGGGUUCAGAGCUUGCUCAUCUGUUCAAUCAGUGGAGAAGUGAUGGAUGCCGACAAUCCCCCCCUCGCGAGUCCAGAUGGCCACGUCUACUCGACCAAGGCUAUCCGGGCUCUGGCCGCUGCCGCGCCUGACGGCAAAACCGUCGUCUGCCCCAAAACGAAGCAGUCCUAUCCCGUUGAAAGAUACACUCGAAUCUACGUCACGUAG